UAAAGGCUUACUGAAAGCUGAUAUAGGGCUCGGGCUUUGGGACUUUGGAGGUUUUACAGAUUUUCUUCUUGUUCGCUUCGUCUAUUGCUUAUCAUCUAACAGUCUCCAGGAACAAAAAUGGCCCCGCCUCCAGGACCCUAUUCUGGAACCAGCACCCUCGCCUUGGUUGCUCGUGCCUCCGCAUUCUCCUUUGGACUCGUAUACGGAAGCAUUAAGCUCAAGUAUCUCAAGGCAAAGGCGAAAUCUGCAGCAAAGGCUCAUCACUGAAGGAGAUGUGUUCUAUCAGAAGUUGAGUGAGGAAUGAGUUGAUUUGGAGAUAGAAAUAAUGAAUGGGGGUGGAGUGUACCAAUAUUUCACUUCUGAGAGCUAUAAUGAAAACCUUGCUUAAAGCUCCAAGUUUUUUUGGGUUUAAAUUGAGAAUUAUGAAUUCAGCACUUUAGGACAAUUUAUGUACUUGACCUCGCCUAUCGUAACGGCAUUUCAAUUUCUAUUGGUUUUAGUGAAAUUAAGA